AUGGAACUAGUGAAACCGGCUGCCAGGUGGGGAGGGGUCGUGGGCGUGUGCACCCCCAGGAAAGCCUGCAGUCAGAGUCCCAGGAACAUCACGGAUGCCUGCGGAGAGCAGCGAACAGGCCUGGGCCCGCCCAGGUUCGCCCCCUUCUCCCAGCAGGCGCCCGGGGGUCCUGAAGGACCCUGGGCUUUGUGCUCUGACACCCUGGCCCUGCGCAAUGGUGCCAGCCCAGAAGGGCACAACGUCACGAGACUGCCACACUCUGUGCGGGAGGCUGCUUCCCGCUCUCCAGGGGCGGACUGGGCAAGUCUGGCCUUUCUCUACUCCAUGUCCCACGUGGCCCCCGGGCCCACAGGUGUCAUCUGGGGACUCUGCUUCCUGCCGCUUCGCAUGCCACUUUGUGAGGAGGCUUUACUUCCCCCACCCCUCUGA